AUGAAUGGAGAUGGACCACCCGAUUUGCUGAGCAGGUAUAAAAGCAAGUACAGAAAUAUAGACAUUGACAAAGGAACAGAAAUACUGAAGGAACAUUUUGGUAUUCCUAAAUUUAAAGAAAAACAAGUAGAAUGUCUAAAUGCAAUAAAGAAUUUUGAACAUGUAUUGAAUAUCAUGCCAACUGGAGGAGGGAAAUCACUUAUAUAUCAAGUAACACCCCUGAUAAUUGGAGGAAUUAGUAUAGUCAUCAGUCCUUUAAUAUCUCUAAUGUAUGAUCAAACAAAAUCUCUAAGAAGAAGAAAUAUAGUAGCAGAAACGAUUAAUAGUUCGUUAAAUAAAAAAGAAAAUGAAAAAGUAUUGAAUCUUUUAAAAAAUUAUAACAAUUGCAUUAUACAGGUUUUAUAUAUAACUCCAGAAACAGCAACUAGUGAAUACUUCAUGGUUGUACUGAAAGAGCUGUACAUAAAUCUUCAAAUAUCCCUAAUAUCUAUAGAUGAAGUCCAUUGCAUAAGUACAUGGGGAUGUGAUUUUAGAAAAAGUUACAGGAAUUUAAAUAAAAUAUUGAAGGCUUGUCCAUAUGUCAGGGUCUAUACUUGCACCGCCACUGCAACGAAAUUUGUUGAGAAAGACAUAAUUGUAAAUUUGAAUUUGAAUUGGCUUAAGAAGGAGAACAUAGGGGAAGAAAUCAAUAAGAGCAAGAACAAAGAGAUUGACCAGGACGAGAAAGAAGAAGAAGGAGAAGAAGAAGAAAGCUUGAACUCCCUUCGAAUCGUCAGAACAUCUUUCAAUAGACCAAAUUUAAAGUACGUAAUUGUGUACAGUGAUCUGCUGAAAACAGAAAAAAAGAAGAGUAUUUUUCAUAUCAUACAAGAAAAAAGAAAUAUGAACAAGAUAGGAAUUAUUUACUGCUUCAAAAGAAAUACAUGUGAUGAAAUUUCGAAAUACUUGAGGGAACAAGGGUUUCAAGCUCUGAGCUAUCAUGCCGGAUUGACAAACAGUGCAAGGAAGAAAAUACAAGAAAAAUGGGUGAAUGGAAAUGCAAACAUUUUAGUUGCUACAAUUGCUUUUGGUAUGGGAAUAGAUAGAAAAGAUGUGUCAUUUAUUAUUCAUUUUAAUUUACCAAAAUCGAUUGAAAAUUAUUAUCAAGAAUCUGGACGUUCAGGAAGAAAUGGAAACGUCUCCUUUUGUUAUCUAUACUACUCCAAAGAAGAUGUAGAAAAAAUGUCUUACAUAAUACGUAGCAGUUAUGCCAACUUGGAUAUGCAAGACCUUAAUAUUCAGAAGAAAUAUGAGAAAGAAAUAUACAAUCUUGAAUGUGUGCAUAAUUUGUGUGUGCAAGAAAAGUGUGUGAGAUCACAAAUUUUAGAACACUUUGGAGAGUUUACCACUAGCAAAAGCGGAAGUAGUAGUGAUCCAAAUGAAGAUGACGACUACUGUUGUUCAUACUGCUUCGAUGUGAAGGAGUCAAGGAAUAAAAUUGAACAAGUAAUAAAAAUGUACGAAGAAGCAAAUUGGAAGGUCCACUCUAAUUUCAAGAGAAAAGACAACAAUGAGAUAAAUGCCUUUGCAAGCAUUGUUAAAGAACAAGAGCAUAAACAAAUCAAGGAAUCUAAUUCUGAUUCGGAUAAAGAAGAAGGACUAUGCCAGUAUAAACUUACGAAUAAAAAGAUUAAAGAGUUUGUUCCCUUUCAAAGUGCAUCAUCAAUCAUUUCAAAAGAAAUUAGAGAUAAAGGAGUUAUUGAAGUCAUGAAGGAAUUAGAAAGACGAGAAGAGUUAUUGGAAAAUAAACUAGAACAGCAGACACCUAAGAUUGGGAAAAUAAAACGUUCAAUUUCUCAUUCUGUUAGUAUAAAAAAGAAACAUGUGUUUUCAUCCUUUAAGGUUCCUAGAAAAUUGUAA